GACACUGAAGUCAUCGCUACAAACAUCGAGGACGCCCCAUCUCAUGAGAAGAUUGAUCUUUGGCAGGACUUGGCUGAGAGAGCUGGUGUUGUAAAGAAAUAUCCGCAUGAACGCGGUGCAAAAAACAUCCAAUAUACGCCUCACCACAUACAAUGGAGAGCUACUGAAGUUUCUAGGAUGAAGACACAUAAAACAGUUGUUGAAGAGGCUCAUCAAAAGCCACAGCUAGCCAACUGUGAAGCAUAUUUUGAUAGCUAG